CUUGCGGGGCGUACUCUCGCGCAGAGGUCGCCGUGAGGGGCUCGGGUAGGCUGUUGUUGAGUGCAGUCUGAGCUCGCUGAGGCGGCGCCUCAGGGUCGAUGGCGGAGGGCGAUAAUCGCAGCACCAACCUGCUGGCUGCAGAGACAGCGAGUCUGGAAGAGCAGCUGCAAGGCUGGGGAGAAGUGAUGCUGAUGGCUGACAAAGUCCUCCGAUGGGAAAGAGCCUGGUUUCCACCUGCUAUCAUGGGCGUGGUUUCUUUUGUAUUUCUGACCAUCUACUACCUAGAUCCAUCUGUUCUGUCAGGUGUUUCCUGUUUUGUUAUGUUUUUGUGCUUGGCCGACUACCUUGUUCCCAUUCUAGCACCUAGAAUUUUUGGCUCCAAUAAAUGGACCACUGAGCAACAGCAAAGAUUCCAUGAAAUUUGCAGCAAUCUAGUGAAAACUCGACGCAGAGCUAUGGGCUGGUGGAAACGCCUCUUCACACUAAAGGAAGAAAAGCCUAAAAUGUACUUCAUGACCAUGAUCAUUUCUCUUGCUGCGGUUGCUUGGGUGGGACAGCAAGUCCACAACCUUUUUCUCACCUACCUGCUUGUAACUUUCGCACUGUUGCUUCCUGGACUAAACCAACAUGGAAUCAUUUCGAAGUACAUUGGAAUGGCCAAGAGGGAGAUAAACAAGCUUCUGAAACAAAAAGAAAAGAAGAAUGAAUAAUGCAUCUGCUUUCUUCAGUGUGAUUGAUGGAGUAUACAUUGUCCCUGGGAACAGUUUCUACUAUGCUGUCUGUAGACUAAACUGUUACAGAAGUAGCUCUUUGCUCUCCCUCAUUCUGCCCUUAGUUAAUAGAAAUUCAGGACCUGCCAAGUAAGGCUUUGUGCGUAGUGUCUUCGUGUCCAGUGUAGCUGGGUGCAUUCUCAUCAGUUGACCUUAUGUGGACAACUCAUUAGUGAGUACUGACGUGUUUUGAAUUUUCUCACCUACAGUUAAUUGAAUUCUUAUUUUUUGGCACUCGCCUUUAAAAUAAUAUAGUAGUGAACUUUAUGCUUUAGUACAGUUACCAGUGACUCUUGAUAAUUGUGGGAGUUAAUCUUUGCUUGAGCUAGAUACAAGAUUGUGUUCUGUGGCGACAGGAAGCUGGUUCUGCAGUCUGCUUCCACAGUGUGUGUACAAUAACUGUUCAGCUUCGUGAAUACAGAGACCAAUUAAGAUUCAUUCCACAUUCUGUUUCUUUACCGUGGAGGAAGAAUCCCCACGGGAUAAAAUGAAACUAAUUCCAUGCACCUAGUAUGUGUUGGUUUCUCCCUUGAGCAAAACUUAGCAAUUUGUAGGAAAACGUUGCUCGUUUGUCCUAAAUGGGGACUCUGACAGGUGUAGAGCUCUUGUCCUCUCCCCGUUAGACUUCAAUUUGGUAAAUCCUUAGAGGCUUUUUAUUAGCAGACUUCCAAAAGAUUAUAUUAGGAGUUUUAACAUAGUUCUCAUUGCAGAUUUUCAGCCGACUAAAAGUGCAUAGUAGGUUAAGACUCAUGUCUAUGACCUUCACUCCAAGACUAGCCAGUGAAAGACAGAAGUCUUCUUAGGUUAGCCAAGAUUCAUUUCUGUAGAAAAUAGUUUAUCCUGCUAAUUUUUCAAGAUGAGAGUAAGUCUUUAAAAGUAAGCCGCAAGAUUGUCAUUUUAUGGCAGUACUGGCUCUUUCGGUCCCCACAGAUCUGGAAUAGGAGGUAGGGACUGUGCUGGCGUCUGACUUUUCCUAGUUAUUUCUCUAAAGAUUGCAAGAGCUGUGGGUUAGAGCCAACUUGUGACGAUGAUUGUUGCCCUGUAGUCUACAUAGAUUUUGUAAUCCUUGGAAAGCUUCUUAGAAUCAUUCUCUCCUUUUCAGUAACUAGAAAUUUAAAGUAGUUGCAAUCUGUAGGAGUGAUCCUCUGAGGGCCAGAAAUGUUGUGACAUAUUUGGGAACAAUUCUUAAACUCUGAUUAACUAGGUGUCAUAUAGUUUUGUGAAUUUAUUGCACUGAUGUGUAAAACUUGGAGCUUGUGAUAUAUCUACCCUUAAAUAAAUGUUUCCCACCUUCUAUACUGCUGUAUACGGUAGCACCCAUGUAGCAUUUUUUUUUUUUAAUGUUUCAUAUGAAAAUUACCUUAAUUUUACAUGUGUUUCCUCAUUGUAAAUAAGCCUGUCUUCCUAUCUGGGUUUUUUUGUGUAUACAUGUUCUACUGAUUAACUACUUCUACAGUUUAAUCCUGUAUUCUUUCUUCUAGUUUGUGUAAAGGGAGAAAAAUAAAAGUUGGAAUCUUGUGUC